GGUGGUGCGGCGGCGGCAGCGUCGAGUUUAGAUCUGAUAAGAACUAUGGGUAGCAGAGGCGGCGGCGGAGGUAAUAAUGGCGGAGGAGUACAAGGAAUACCGGCGGCGUCUAGGAAGAUGGUACAGAGUCUCAAGGAGAUUGUAAACGGAGUCUCGGAAGCUGAGAUCUACUCUGCGCUUAAAGAUUGUAAUAUGGACCCUAACGAAGCCGUUAAUCGGCUCCUCUCUCAAGAUCCUUUUCAUGAGGUGAAGAGCAAGCGAGAAAAGAAAAAGGAGUUUAAGGAUACCACAGAAUCCAGGCCUCGUGGUGGUGGUAGCACUUCAAGCCGUGGUGGCAGAAGUGGUGCAGAUCGUUAUGCUGCACGUGGUGGUUCAACACAAUUUAGCUCUUCUGAAUCUGGUGGUUUACAUGGGAAACCUAGGAGGGAAAAUGGGACAAGUUCUUAUACAAGCUCAUCUGCUCCAAAUUAUGGGGUUUCUGCAACUAACACAAAUCGGAAUCCACCAACUUUCAGUGGUUCUAUUGGCUAUGAAAAUAAAGCAUCAACUUUCAGUGCACCCGAGGGUCCCACAACCGUUUCACAACAACCUUCCACUGGAUAUCAAUCUGCAUGGAUGGGUGGUGUCCCUGGUCAAAAGUCAAUGGCUGACAUUGUGAAAAUGGGUAGACCACAAAACAAGACAUAUAACACUAACACCUCUGUUACACAGCCUCCAUCAACACAUUAUGAGUUUGAAGAAUAUGGUUCUAAAGCUCCUGAAAUCCAUCAAGAACAUGAUUCUGUUUCUCCUGUUGAUGAUUGGCCCUCAAUUGAGCAACCACAAACAGUUGGGAUACAAACAGUGGAGCCUCAUGUAGAGCCUGAAAAUGUUGGACAUUUGGAUUUGCAAUAUGAGAGAAAUGAUCAUCAGUAUGUGGGUGAUCAUACAGAUGAGGUUCAAGGUGAAGAUGAAGGUGGUUUUGAAGAUCAUACUACAAAUCAUGUUGAAGAUACAUCUGGAAGUGUCCCUGUUUAUGAGAAUGAUCUGUAUAAAAAAAUGGACUCUUUCCAUCAUGAGGAUAAUGCUUUUGAGCACAAUGAAGUUGAAGAAGGUGAUGUGUCAGCAGCUUCAGUGAGUGCAAACAUGCAACAACUUAACAUACAAGAAGAGAGCCACGUGGAUGAAGAAGAAGAGGAUAUUCCUUCUGUAGUAAUCCCAAAUCACCUUCAAGUUCAAACUGCUGAUUGCUCACAUUUAAGUUUUGGAAGCUUUGGUGCCACAAUGAACACUGGAUUCCCAGGAUCUUUCACAUCCAGACAGAUGAGAAGCAAAGUAGAAGAGCCUCCUGUUGAGCCAGAUACCCAAUCUGUUGGACCUUCUGAAACCAGAAAUCCGGAGUACUACAAUGAUGAGUCUAUAAUGACAUCAGAAAGCAAUCAAGUCAGAUCAAAUUAUGAUUUACCUUCUGCUUCACAAACAGAGGUGUUAAAGCAAGAGAAUCCUGAAGUGACACAUGGCAAUCAAUAUAGCUUCUCUUCAUCGACACCUGGACAGGGUUACACCUUUGAUACCACUCAGCUAUUGAACCCUUCUUUCCCUCAAUCUCAGACACUUACACAGAUGCAAACUCCAACUCCUUUCUCAAAUGUCAUGCAAGCUGCAUAUACAAACUCAUUACCAAGCACAUUGUUAGCAGCAAAUGGUCAUCCUGUUGGAGAAUCUGAUCUUUCAUACUCACCAUUUCCUAUUAGUCAACAGAUGCCUACUAAAUAUGGUAGCUCAACUAUUUCAAUGGCAGAGGCUUUGAAAACGGGUGUUUUCUCAUCAUCUCAACCAGCACAACAACAACAACAACAACAAACGCCACCUGGAAACACAAUCCCAACGGGCCCCGCUCUCCCGCAACAACACCUUACAGUGCACCCCUACUCCCAACCUACACUUCCAUUAGGGCCUUUUGCAAACAUGAUUGGGUACCCUUUUCUUCCUCAAAGCUACACGUACAUGCCAUCUGGUUUUCAACAAGCUUUUGCUGGAAAUAGCACGUAUCAUCAACAGCUGGCAGCUGUUCUUCCUCAAUAUAAAAACAGUGUUUCAGUCAGCAGUUUGCCACAGUCUGCAGCUGUUCCUUCUGGUUAUGGUUCGUUUGGAAGCUCAACUGCAAUUCCUGGGAAUUAUCAAGUUAAUCAGGCUGCGGGUCCCGCUGGAUCCACUUUAAGUUAUGAUGAUGUGUUGAAUGCUCAUUAUAAAGAGAACAGUCAGUUGCUAUCUCUUCAACAGAAUGACAACUCGGGAAUGUGGGUACACGGAGCCGGGUCCCGGACAAUGUCAGCUGUCCCCGCCAGCACAUACUACAGUUUCCAGGGUCAAAACCAGCAGCCAACGGGGUUCCGGCAAGCUCAGCAGCAGCCAUCCCAGACAUACGGUGGUGCCGCUUUAAACUACCCAAACUACUACCACUCCCAGGCGGGGAUCUCGCCGGAGCACCAGCUCCAGCAAAACCCGCGUGAUGGUUCUCUUGUGGGUGUGGGUGGGUCCCAGGGACAAGCAAAACCACAGCAGCAGUCACAGCAGCAACUAUGGCAGAACAGCUACUAAUGGAUGGAUGGAUGGAUGAAGGAAUGAAUGAAUGGGAAUACCUGACUCAAAGGGUUUUUCAGGGUCUUGUAAUGAGUUUGAAAGUGGGGUUAAUUCUUCAAGUAUGAAAUAAUGGAAUGAAGUAAGAGAGUGUAUUGCUACACACUUGGUUUUAGCUGCUGCUGCCCUGUGCCUUGUUGCCUUGAGAGAGGUUGUAUUCUAUUCGGUUAGUUUGAUGUAGGGACGUGCGUGCUAAUUCUCGUUAGUUUUGACUUUUUGUUUUUUGUUUUAUUGUUGGUUUUUUUUUUUAAAUGUUUGUUUUGUGGGUUUUUAAUUCCUCGUUCAUCGUCAAGUGAUUUAUAGUAUUUGAUGGUGAUUUAGCUGUCUUAAAUAUGGUUUUAAUAUCGUGCUGUUUUUUUUUUAUAUAAGAAAAUGUAGUAUUUUCCUUA